GAACGAGGCCAUCGAGAAAAAGAGGAAAAAGUUGGAAGAAAAGAAGGACGAGCUAGAAAAGCAAAAAGCCCAAAACCAGAAGACCCUUGACAUGCACCAGGGGACCGCAGCAAGCUCCCCGAAAGGAAUGGGAGAGGAUGGACGGCACAAGGAGGCUCAAUUUCUUAGUGAAGAUGAGGACAAGGAAGAUGGAGAGAAGGACAAAGCAG